GAAAGAAUAGGAGGAAGUCUACUUGCCAUUUAGACAAACAAUCAGCGGUCUAGCGGGAGUGAGCUGCUGCUCUUUACGAGGAGAGAGAGAGAGAGGGGACAGAGAGAGGUACAAUAGAAGUGGGUCAGCCACAGAAAAGUCCAGAGAAGAUACACAGUACUGGAGCAGUAUGCUGGUGUUUCCAGUGAAUGGGUAUGAGUAGGAGCAGGCCAGGCUCCUUAGGUGGAUUUGAGUCUCUCAAUCAGAGGCCAUGUGUGGAAGGUGGUGGAUCCAAGUCAUCUACUGGUAGGACCUGACUGUUCUUCCUGAGUUAACUGCACUGUUCCCUGACUUCGGAUUUUGGCUCGCAACCUAUUGGUUGGUAACUUCUUGAAUGUCCUGCUGCGCCACCAGAGAGCUCCUAAGCAGGCUUUGACCCCUGACCUCCAGGUGUGGAGGUGUACCAUGUGUUCUCCUGCUCCGGGGGCGUGAACCCGUAUCUGUGAGGAGUCCCCCCGCGGAACCAUGGGAUCAUCAACGCUGGGGAAGGCAGCCCCCCUCAACACGCUACUGGAUGCCUGCAUCCAGGCUUUUGAUGACAAUGGUGAGUUGCAGUCCAACCAGCUCCCUCGCACCCUGCUGCUGAUGCACCGCUGGUAUGUCACGUCCAAAGAGCUGGCUGGGAAGCUGCUCAUGAUAUACCGUGACUGCCAGGGAGAUGAGUGCCAAAGAACGAGACUGAAGAUCUGCUAUUUAAUGAGGUACUGGAUUACGGUGUUCCCUGCAGAGUUUAAUCUGGACCUGGGCCUUAUCCGCCUCACUGAGGAGUUCAGAGACGUGGCAGCUCAGCUGGGCUGUGAGGAACACUUCAAACUCAUUGACAUCUCCACCAUUCCAUCGUAUGACUGGAUGAGAAAGCUGACCCAGAGGAAGAAGCAGGCCAAGAAGGGCAAAGCCUCACUCCUCUUUGACCACCUCGAGCCCAUGGAGCUGGCGGAACACCUCACGUUCCUGGAGUACAAGUCCAUCAGGAGGAUAUCAUUCACAGACUACCAAAGCUAUGUAAUGCACGGAUGUCUGGUGGAUAACCCAACACUGGAGCGCUCCAUCGCCCUGUUCAACGGAGUGUCCCAGUGGGUUCAACUCAUGGUGCUCAGUAAGCUGACACCCCAACACCGUGCUGAGGUCAUCACCAAAUACAUCAAUGUGGCCCAGAAACUCCUCCAACUGCAGAACUUUAAUACGCUGAUGGCCGUGGUGGGAGGUCUGAGUCACAGCUCCAUCUCCCGUCUGAAGGAGACCCACUCGCAUCUGGCUCCCGAGGUCACCAAGAUCUGGAAUGAGAUGACGGAGCUGGUCUCCUCCAAUGGGAACUACUGUGCUUACCGCAAGGCGUUCACAGACUCCGAAGGCUUCAAGGUCCCCAUCCUGGGAGUCCACCUGAAGGACCUGAUCGCCGUGCACGUGGUCUUCUCCGACUGGGUGGACGACGACAAGGUGAACAUCGUAAAGAUGCACCAGCUCUACCUCACCUUCAACGAGCUGGUGUCUCUGCAGAGUGCCGCAGCCCAGGUGGAACCCAACAUGGACCUCAUCUACCUGCUCACCCUCUCUCUAGACCUGUACUACACCGAAGAUGAAAUAUAUGAGCUAUCCUUACUAAGGGAACCACGUAACCCAAAGUCUUUGCCUACCUCUCCGACAACCCCCAACAAGCCAAUGGUCCCUCUGGACUGGGCGUCAGGUGUGACAACCAAACCUGACCCCAAUGUGGUGAACAAGCACAUCAGGAAGGUGGUGGAUUCUGUAUUCAGGAACUACGACCAUGACCAUGAUGGCUACAUCUCUCAGGAGGACUUUGAGAGUAUUGCUGCCAACUUUCCUUUCUUGGACUCCUUCUGUGUGUUGGACAAGGACCAGGAUGGUCUGAUUAGUAAGGAUGAGAUGAUGGCUUACUUCCUGAGGGCCAACCCCUUGCUCCAGUAUAAAAUGGGCCCUGGCUUUAUCCACAACUUUACGGAGAUGACGUAUCUGAAGCCCACCUUCUGCGAGCACUGUGCUGGAUUCCUCUGGGGAAUAAUCAAACAGGGAUACAAGUGUAAGGAUUGUGGGGUGAACUGCCAUAAGCAGUGCAGGGAGCUGUUGGUGCUGGCCUGUAGGAAGCUGCCGCGCUCCACCUCUCUGCGAAGUGUCUCACCUGGGGGCUUGACCCACAGCUCUCUACCCAGCAGCCCCACUAUGCCCACCUGCAAAGAUGAGGAUGAAGUGUUUGAGUUCCCCUCAGUGACACCUGGCGGUUCUGACCUGGAGCAUAAGUCAAUCACCCUGAUGACGGGCUCGGCCCAGCGGAUCUCUGUGCGUCUGCAACGGGCCACCACCAGCCAGGCCACACAGACAGAGCCUCUGUGGCCAGAGCACACGUGGGGUGCUGGGGACGGGAGCUCCCACACCUUCCCCAAGAUGAGAUACCGACCACACAGGAAGGCCUCCAAGAGCAAAGGCUUUGCCCGCUGGGAGAAUGAGGCCCAGGGGCAGCCCAGGGGUCGACGGGAUUCCCAGGAGCAGACGGACGGACCUGCAGAGGUGGUACAGAACGGGAUAACACCACACAGAGAGAAGGUGACUGCAGCUAAGAACAGCUGACAUGGCGAUACCGAGGGCCGGACCCAGGGCCUCAGGAGGUCCUCGGCAGCCCGCAUCAUGAAGCUGUCCUUACUGGGGGAAGUACUUGGCUGCUUGAGGCCCCCAUUUGGUGACCUGGAAUAGGACGGACCUCCUCUGACCUAGACGGACAUGUCUUCAGUGAACCACAUGUGAAUAGUGAUGCUGAAUCCCAAACCAGUCUCUUCCUAGGUCCUUAUACCUUCCCUCACACCAAGCAGGUUGGUUCGGGCAAAGGGCUGGUUUGGGAUUCACCAUGAGAGUUCACAUGCCAUAAGAGAGUGAAGGGGAGUGAGAGGAUGUGGGUGGUGGAACUGAAAAAACCCUUGUUUGGUAGGGUACAGACACUCCUGAAUGCUCCCCAGCUCUACACACCUGCCUUUCCACCCCAUCAGUGUCAUGGGAAAAGGAUCCUGGACUACCUAUAAGUGAUGUAGGUUUGUUGGGGCUCAAACGGGUCUCACCAGUGUUUGACAGACUGAUCGGGUGUCCACCUGUGCCUGUAUGAAUGUCGGAGCAUGUACAUGCUUACUAUUUACAGUGUGUGUGUGGUCUGUGGUGCACAUACACUAUAUGUGAUAUCUACUGUUGAUUCGCUGAAGAAAUCAUUAAGGGCAUGUAUGAUACCAUGAAAUGAAGUUAUUUGGGUCACGUGACUAAGUUGCAAUAACGUUUUGAGAACAUAGUGAACGUUUUAUAAUGGACUCGGAGAGGGAUGCAAAGUGAGAAUGCAAUUGGAGAUGGGAGAAUGCAUACAUGGAUCGAGAUGUACAGCAAUAGAAAGUUAAAGAUGAAGUGAAAGUGAUGAGGGAAACAGAGGCAGGUACAUUGUUUCUAAAGGUAAGUUUAUUGUAACAUGACUACUUGAUGAUCGUUUAUGUGCCAGUUCUGUAUCUUACUCUGGAAUCCAAGAAAUGGUACUUGCUGUGUGAGCAUGAGAUAAAGAACAAUAUAACCACUUGUUUUAUAAAUCAAGGAAUAGUUGUGUCUUUUGGUUAGUCAAGAAAGCUUUAUUGUUUUCCGCCUUAUUAUUUUAAAGGGAUUUGAACUCAAAAGAUGAAAUCUAGUCUUUGUAAUAUGUGCCCACUCAGGACAAUAAGGUGAACUAUGUAUACUGUACACAUAUUUAUGGGUUUAGGCAUGUGAUUUUUCAUACAGUCAUGCGAUACUAGUGAAGCUGGUCAGUGGUCAACCUAUUCUGGAUUUUUCAAAGCAAUGCAGGUUAAAUAUGUGAAUAUGGGUCAACGUUGUUGUCUUACUGUCCACACAAGCCAUUGAGUGACCUUUGACCUUUUUUUAUCAGCUGAAGGAUCAAGCCUGUUGCCUUCAGGCAGAGGUAAUGGAAUCUCCACUAAGCCCUCAGUCAGUGGAGCACUGAUUACUAACUUGCUUACAGUGGCACCAGAUGUGAGCCCAGGUGCUCAUUGUGUUGUGGUUGCCAGGCAUCAGUUGCGUGAGCAGGUCAGUUCCUCCAUCACCAAGGAUACAGCAGGUUACGUAAGAGGAGAUUCAUUUUCAUCUGUAGAGAGACUGUUUACAGGGACUCCACCCCCUUCAGGGUAGGGAGAACUAGGUAUGGGCAGGUGAGUUUGACAUGGAUCUCUGUAGAGACAAUAGGGUCUGACCUUUUGUUCGACACAGUAGGACAGAGACAAGAACAGGGCCUCAGGGUCAGGCACUCCGUGUUGGAGGAGGGGCAUGGGGAAAAGAUAGUGUAUAUUAGCAAGAGAUAUCCAAAUGCCACAUAUACAAGAGUUAAGGGAUGGAAAUUAUUCAGUGCUUAGUGAGUCAGAGCAAUAUCACUCUCUUUGCUACUGGACCACUCAAGGAUAAUGUGGUGUUCCUGCAAGGUCUUAAACCCACAAUAUCCUCAUACCUGGCUGAAAUCAAAGACAGAAAAGUGUUGUGAUGCCACAGAGGUUAUUUUCUAAAUGGCUGAGCUGCUUUUAGAGUACAUUGGUCUGCUUGAGUUCUCAUUGAUCUUGGUGCCAGAUCCUACAAACAGUAGCUCUAUUGGAGGUCUUAAGUGUUGGGUAUUGAGAACAUACAGUACAAGUGCAUGUAUAAUAUUACACUAAUGAAGACCAAUAAUCUGAUCUUUGAAGGUUCUGAAGUCCCUGCUUGUCUCACACUCACAUACAGGUGUUACCACACUUGACAUCAAAUGGCUUCAUUGUUUGUUUUGAAAACGGUUGAGUUAUCAUGUUGAUAAGGGAUAUUAAGGCAGUGACAACUUCACUUCUGCCACAACAUACUUUUUGUUGUUGUAAAUGGGACACAUUCCAACAAGACUUUAUAUUUUUUCAGUCAGAUUAUUGUCAACAAUAUUGAUGACACUAUUAUCAACAUUAUUAUCAUGAACUGGUCUACUUGAGAAAAGUGUGUUAUCUCACUUGAUUGUGUUUGUCAUCUAUUUUGUUUUCAUUCUAUCUAUUUGUAUUGUUUAUGGAGAGAAUUAUGUAGCAUUGUUUAUUUUGUCAUUGUGUGCCAAUGUUAUUUUAUUAUUUGUUGAUGAGUGGCAAAUUGAUACACAUUUUGAUAAUGUACAGUAUUAAACAGAUUUUUCAGCACCUAGUUUAAUCAGUUCAGAUUUGUCAAAUUGUUAUUGAAGGCUACCACAGUAAACUACUAUCUCGGUCAAAUCUUUAUGUGCAUCCUGUAACCAAUGUUUUUUACUCCUUGUGUAUUUGUGAAACAGUGAAAUGUACCAUCUCUAGCCUGUUACCUGCUGACCCAGUAGACAUAGUCUAUUCAUGUUUAUGAGGGGAAGGUAAAGCCAAUACAUAUUCUGAGGCCAGAAAAGUCCCUCCGGCCCAAUAUCUGAUGUAUUAUUAGUGGGGGGAAAUGCACCAACUAAUCAACCUGAAUUCUGGAUUUAUGCAUGUAAUAUGAAUGUAUAGAAUCACAAUUAUUUUAUGAAGGGACAAAUCUCUCAGUAGCGUGAUAGGCUACAUCCCAAAAUAAAUACUGAGCAAAAAUAUAAACGCAACAUGUAAAGUGUUGGUCCCAUAUUUCAUGAGCUGAAAUAGAAGAUCCCAGAUAUUCUCCAUAUGCACAAAAAACUUUUCUCUCAAAUGUUGUGCACAAAUUUGUAUAUUUGCUGAUAGUGAGCAUAUCUCCUUUACCAAGAUAAUACAUCCACCUUACAGGUGUGGCAUAUGAAGAAGCUGAUUAAACAGCAUGGUUAUUACACAGGUGCACUUUGUGCUGGGGGCAAUAAAAGGCCCCUGUAAAUGUGCAGUUUUGUCACACAACACAAUGCCACAGAUGUCUCAAGUUUUGAGGGAGUGUGGAAUUGGCAUGCUGAAUGCAAUAAGUAAUUUCUCUACCAUUAGCCACUUCCAACAUCAUUUUAGAGAAUUUGCGAGUACGUCCAACUGGCCUCACAAUUGCAGACCACGUGUAACCAUGCCAGCCCAGGACCUCCACAUCCGGUUUCUUCACCUGCAGGAUUAACUGAGACCAGCCACCCGGACAGCUGAUGAAACCGUGGGUUUGCACAACCAAAGAAUUGCUGCACAAACUGCCAAAAACCGCCUCAGGAAAGCUCCUCUGCAUGCUCUUUGUCCUCACCAGGGUCUUGACCUGACUGCAGUACAGCAUCGCAAAUGCUCACCUUUGAUGGCCACUGGCACGCUGGAGAAGUAUGCUCUUCAUGGCUAAAUCCCAGAUUCAACUGUACCGGGCAGAUGGCAGACAGCGUGGAUGAGCGGUUUGAUGAUGUCAACGCCCCAUGUAGGCGGUGGGGUUAUGGUAUCGGCAGGCAUAAGCUAUGGACAACGAACAAAAUUGCAUUUUCUCGAUAGUAAUUUGAAUGCACAGACAUACCGUGAUGUGGCGUGCCAUCACCUCAUGUUUCAGCAUGAUAAUACAUGGUCCCAUGUUGCAAGGAUCUGUACACAAUUCCUGGAAGCUGAAAAUCUCCCAGUUUUUCCAUGAGCUGCAUACUCACCAUACAUGUCACCCAUUGAGCAUGUUUGGGAUUCUCUGGAUUGACAUGUCCAACAGCGUAUUUCAGUUCCCGCCAAUAUCCAGCAACUUCGCACAGCGAUUGAAGAGGAGUGGGACAACAUUCCACAGGCCACAAUCAACAGCCUGAUCAACUCUAUGCAAAGGAGAUGUCGUGCUGCAUGAGGCAAAUGGUGGUGAAACCAGAUACUGACUGGUUUUCUGAUCCAUGCCCCUACCUUUUUUUUAAAGGUAUUUGUGACCAACAGAUGCAUAUCUGUGAAAUUCAUAGAUUAGGGCCUAAUGAAUUUAUUUCAAUUGACUGAUUUCCUUAUUUGAAUUGUAACUCAGUAAAAUCUUUGAUAUAGUUGCAUGUUGGGUUUAUAUUUUUGUUCAGUGUACUUAUUACCUUGAUCAAAAUGCCUAUCUUUGUGUUCCAAAAAUGUACUCCCUUGAUGGAUUAUUUUGGGGUUAUGAUAUUUAAAAUAUAAGCGAUAACACAUUUAAAUAAGUUUUACAGGAAUCUUAUGAACCAUACGCUGUUCGUACCCAUUUCCCAUAUCUUUCAUAUUUCACUAUUAUGUGUAAAUCUGCUCGAUACUGUGUUUCAAUACUGUUGUCUUGCUCCAUCUUGUCGACCAUGUGCUAUGGGUUGAUUUGCCAAUUCUGUCUUCGCUAGGCAUAUAUUUGUUGUAUCUUCACUGGGGAGCACCAUGCCAUAAAGAUAAACAGCUGUAAACUGUUUACACUUUAAACCGCCAAAUAAAAAGAUAAUCCUGUU